UGUCAGCUGCUGUGAACCAAGUCUUUUUUUUUCACCCCAUUCUCAAUUUUUUUUUAACAUAAGGAUAAGAAAAGAGGAAAGGGUGAAUAUGGAGACAACUGUGGGCUACGAGUACUACGAGGACUAUGAGGAGUCAGACAACUCCUCAAUGUGUGACUACUCAGAGUGGACGCCAUCGUACUCUGUCAUCCCAGUACUCUACAUGCUCAUUUUCAUCCUCGGCCUCUCUGGAAAUGGAGUGGUCAUCUUCACCGUGUGGAGAGCACAAGGCAAACGGCGAGCUGCCGACGUCUACAUCGGAAAUCUGGCCCUGGCCGACCUCACCUUUGUAGUCUCGCUACCUCUCUGGGCUGUUUACACAGCCAUGGGUUACCACUGGCCCUUCGGAGUGGCUCUGUGCAAGAUAAGCAGCUACGUGGUGCUGCUCAACAUGUACGCCAGCGUCUUCUGCCUCACCUGCAUGAGCUUUGAUCGCUACCUAGCCAUCGUCCACUCCUUAUCCAGCAACCAGCUGCGCAGCCGGGGUCAGAUGCAAGGCUCCCUGAUAGCCAUCUGGCUGUUGUCUGUUAUACUUGCCGCUCCGACUCUCGUCUUCCGCACCACCAAGUACGAUGCAGAAACCAACCGCACAUCCUGUGCCAUGGACUUCAGUUUGGUGACACAGAAACACCAGGAGAACCUGUGGAUUGCCGGCCUCAGCAUCUCCUCCUCCGCUCUAGGCUUUCUUCUACCUUUCAUGGCAAUGAUGGUGUGCUACGGCUUCAUCGGCUGCACCGUCAACCGCCACUUCAACACCCUGCGCAAAGAAGAUCAGCGCAAGAGACGCCUGCUGAAGAUCAUCACCACACUGGUAGUGGUGUUUGCUGCCUGCUGGAUGCCCUUCCACAUCCUGAAGAGCGCUGACGCACUCUCCUACCUGGACUUGUUUCCCGCCACUUGUGAUUUCCUGCGCUUCCUCCUGCUGGCUCACCCCUACGCCACCUGCCUCGCUUAUGUCAACAGCUGCCUCAACCCCUUCCUUUACGCCUUCUUUGACCUGCGCUUUAGAUCCCAGUGCUUGUGCCUACUUAACCUGAAGAAGUUCUUGCAUGCGAGCCCGGCCAGCUCCCUGUCCUCGCAGAAGACAGAGAUUCAGUCUCUAGCCACAAAGGUGUGACUAUGGAUUAACACCCAGAGGCACGCUGGGGUCAAAAUGAACACUGCAGAACAAUGUAGGUGAAUCAAAAGUUUCCAGUACUGAGUGCUUGUUUAUGGUUCAGCAGCAGCCAGUUUCGGGGUGUAACCUUUGCUUGCUCUCACUCUGGACUAUUGACUGAAGACUUAUGGUUUUGGUGUCUGACCGCACCGAAACCCCAGACUUUUUUUCUUUUCUUUCAGCAGCAGGCACUGAAACUGAGCUACAUAAGGAAACAUAAGAGAGACUCAUUUAAAAAUAAGGGGAAUGUACUUUUAUUAAGACUGAUAUACUCAUCAGUUCGUCUUCUCCUGUGGACUUUCUGCAAAAGUACUGAGCUAUGAAGUUUGAAAUCAUGUCCUCAAGUCAUGGGAAACUAUAUUAGGUUGAUUAUGAUCAUGCAAUUUCCCCCUCCCAUUCCGUUUUUUUAUUAAUAAACUCUUGAGGUGGAGGUGUGACAUAUUAGAAACUGUGCUCUUGAGAUCUGUCUUGACUGAUCAGUAUCUGCACCACAGCCAGCAGGACUACGUCUGUGUGUGUGUGUGUGUGUGUGUGUGUGUGUGUGUGUGUGUGUGUGUGUGUGUGUGUGUGUGUGUGUGUGUGAGAGAAGGGUGUGAGUUAGUCAGUAAGAGGUGUUUGAGUCUGAUAAGAGUAGAGUAAGAGGUGUGUGUGAGUGUGUGUGGCAUGUGGGUUGGGGGGGUGGACAGACCAGACAGACAGAUGGCAGCUGACAAAUGUUUUCUAGUUGCGGAAAGCCCCAAUUAAAAGGUGACUGUAUCGACAGCCUCUGAUGUGUCUGCCUUUGAAUAUGAAUGAAUUUGUUCCCUGGUAACAACAUGAAACCCAUUUUUGUGAAUAUACACUAUUUUUUGAAUUCAUGUUUAUGAUUUGUAAUUAAAAGCCGGUGCUUUGAAGGGAAAAAAACCCAGUCUCUCUCGAUCUCUCUCACUUUGUUAUACCCUGCUGUGAUAUCUUGUGGAAUGUAUUUUCUCCAAUCCAGUGAAUAUGCGUCUUCCUGUUUGGUGAGUUGCUCAGAGGAGGCAGUCUUCCCUCCUAUUGUGUUUCGAGGGGCCGAAAUCAAAGCAUACAGUAUGUCUGGAGGAAAUGCACGUCGGACUUCUGUUUCCCUCUUCAGGCGUGUUUGUUUCUUCUCUUACAAUUCUCCCCAAAUUAAUCAGUGAGCACAAACGGGAUCAACCACACGGCAUUUGGCUUUGUCCCAGACAGAGUAGGAUCUUAAGUGUUAAUUACCAAAACUUCACUUGUAAUCCGUGCUGCUGUGUAUCCCAAGUGCAUCUGAAUUAUUUUGGUAGAUAUCAAUAUUAAUGUGAUAGCACACUCAGCUUUAAUUCAGAAUAGGAAUAACCAAUUUGGACUCUAAUGAGCUUUUUACAGGAUAAAAUCAGUGACAGCGGGGAGACUCGGGGAUUGGAUUAAUCCUGGGUUACUAAUUUGCAGUGGACUUGCCGUCUCUUUGUAAAAACCUUAGAUGAAGCAGAGCUUUGUCUAAAUCAGUUAAGAACACCACAUUUAAAGGUGACACUGUUGGAAAUUAUAAUAAAGAACUGGGAG